AACUUAGUCAUGAUUAUAGGACGCACGACAUAGAUACUGACAGAUUAUCAGUAUUUCGAGUAGUGCUUAUCAGUUCGGACUCGGGGGAGUAUCGACUAGUAUCGACUAGUAGUAGGUUAGAUAUCACGAAAAAGACAUGUUACAAUCAAUAUGGCGCUUUAUAUCCAAGAAUUUCUCUCGAAUAAUAAUUUUAGUCAUCUUAAUCUAUAUUAUGAUGUUAUUUUACAUUUACAAUUCGAAGCUCUAUACAUUACGAUCAGAGAGAAAGAACAUUCCGUACCUGAGUCAUAAAGACAUGAAAUACAUUCUGCAAUGGACGAGGAGAUUCAGCGCGCCGUUCGACUUCAUGGGCGAAGGGAAUACCGCGUUUGUGAGGAACAAGUGUAAGUUUACGAAUUGCUUUGUGACAGAUAACAGCUGGCACUUCUUGAACCUUUCGGAUUUCGACGCGAUCGCGUUCAAUGGCCGGGACGUGAUUCAUCUCUGGCCGUUUCAAAUGCCGCAGGAUCGAACGCCGAAACAGAAAUAUAUUUUCGGUGCAAUGGAAUCGCCGGAUAAUUUCCCAGCAUGCGAUGAAAACCUUGACGGUUUUUUUAACUGGACAUGGACAUACAAGCUCGAUUCCGACUUUCGUUGGGGAUACAUAACAAUUUACGAUUUGAACGGCAACGUGGUCGGUCCAGCUAUCGAUAUGAAAUGGAAGAAAGAUAUGGAGCCGAUCAGUGAAGAUUUCAAAGUGAAAUUGUCGAGUAAAUCGAAGGCUGCUGCGUGGUUCGUUUCGCAUUGUUCCACUAAAAGUAGAAGAGAGUUUUUCGUUAAGGAAGUUCAAGAGGAAUUAAAAUCAUACGGAUGGACUGUCGAUGUGUUUGGUUCAUGCGGUCAGUUCCAAUGUCCUCGAUCGAAUAAGAACUUGUGUUUCGAAAUGAUCGAAAAUGAUUAUUAUUUUUAUUUUUCGUUGGAAAAUUCUUUAUCGGAGGACUAUGUGACGGAAAAGCUUUUGACUGCUUUACAAUAUUCUGCAAUUCCUGUCGUUUACGGUGCUGCUAAUUAUUCCAGAUUUCUCCCUCCGGGCAGCUAUCUGGACGGUAGACAGCUGGGCCCAAAGGAGCUGGCUCGUCAGAUGAGCGAAAUAAUUGGAAACCAGUCGAUGUACCACGAUUACUUUAGAUGGAGAAAUCAUUACGUGUACAGAGAGACUUCUGACAACGAUGAUAUCUGCAAGCUAUGUGAGAUGAUGAACGAUGACUCGAAGGUAUCCGAAAUUAGUGUAUGGAAAGAUUUUAGAAAAUGGUGGAAUGGUGCUCGUUACGACUAUAAUUGCAAAAAUUGAACUGAAUUUUUGUGAUAUAUUUAAAACAUUAUUAACUGUACUGAAAGGGGUAUGAAACCCCCAAAAGGAUGUGUUUCAAAUCUGACCUGACUGUUCUAUAUGUCCGUGAAAUUCUGAAAAGUAACGAUAAUAAUAUUAGUUUAAAUAAAUAAUUUAAGUAACAAAGUAUUAUUGAAUAAUUAUCUUUAUUAAAUUUUAAUAAACAAUGAGUGAGAGAUAUUUAUUACACUUUGAUUAAAACAUAAUGCCAAACGAGAGGGAUGACGGUUUAUUGAGUAAAUAAUCUCAACGAAAACAAUAACGACGUAUCGAAUAUAGAAUUUCAUAUAAAUAAUGAUACAUAAUAUUCCAAAUUGUCAUUUUGUUUCCAUGAUAUUUUUGCUGUGUUGCAAAUAUAUUUAA